AUGGACUCUAGCGACCGUGAUAACCUUCCUGUUACUUUCGAUAACGUCCGUCAGGGGCCACAUAAGCCAAUUGAAGAUUGUGCCAUGCACGACUAUCGCCGUGGUAGCCAGGAAGGCAUUUCGCGUAGUUCUUCGUUCUCCGUUCUUGUCGACGGCGGCGACUUGGACGUUCCUCCUAUCUCGCCUCUAAGCAUAUCUCCUUCUCCGUCCAUUCGUGCCGACGAUAAUAUGUCUGAAAGUUCAUUCCUGUCUCCCUGGACGCCUACAUUAGAGAUGUCCCCUGCUACCUCUGUUCCCCAAAAAUCUCCGCUCCGUGAAUUGGAAUCACCCUCGCUUUCUCCUACAAAAUCUGAUCUUUCUUUUGAUCCAUUUAUUCAGAGUUCUACCGUUUCCAAGCCUGAGUUGCGUAAUGACCCAUCCGCGACCGUAUCGAAACCUGGCUUUCGUACCAAGGCUAAGGGGCUUUCAUUCAUACUGCCAAGUAUUUGCAACUAUCGCUCUGGACAAAGCCCAGGAUUACUCGAUGCCGUUCGUCAGCAAGAAGUCUCUCCUUUGCCCAGCCCGCUAGCUCGAGAUCUGCGUCGUCGUGUCGAAGUUGUUGAUGACGAAGACCACGGGAUGGAUAUCACCGCCCCUUUUGAAGAAGACAGCAUACUAUCUGCACACUCUGUCUCAACUCUUACCCCCUCUGAAGAAUCAUGUCUUGGACUUGACUUGGGACUUGGCAUAAUCGAAGAUGACACGAAAUUGAACUCGAAUUCCUACUUUUCAACCAGUUAUUCUAAGAGUCAAGGAAAUAGCUUCGCCGACGAUGGUCACGGUGGCGAGCACAUUAUCGUUGGCCCAAAGAUAAUGAAAGCCAGUAAAGCUCACAGCUCUAGCGCCGAGCUAAUUCCUUCUCCUAACAACUCUCAAGCACGUCAGCAACACCCCGUGUCAAAUCGUCCGUCCUCUCAUGAGAACUUUUCAAGGAGCUCCACCAAGAAAUACCCGCGCAGGAGUAUUCCUCUUCCUCCGCCCCACCUCCAGCCAUCUUUUGCGUCAGUGCCUAUCAGUGAACUGAAUCGUGGCGCAUACAUGCCUAGUUUGCAAACACUGCCAUUGUCGGUAUUGACUCCUGGAGAAACGGUGUCUAAACGUGACAAUUGGGGCACUAAUCUGCCUCUUAGCCCAUCUGUUGGGAAAUUUCGGCAACUCAAUUUGAAGCUCUCGACAGUCAAGUCUGCGUCGGUCCCUCGCGAGCUAAGUGCAUCCGACUUGUUACGGUUACAGAUACAGGGAGUAUCCCGAUUCCCAAAGUAUUUUCCCGAGGGAUAUCUACUGGAGGCAAGCUUCGCCCGACAAUACUGCCUCGAGACUGAGCUCGGUUCAGGGGGGUAUGGAUUCGUACUUGGCGCACGCAACGUGUAUACGAAUGCGCAAGUCGCAGUCAAGUUCAUCAAUCGUCGCUUGGUCCCAACGCGUGGGCUUAUUCGUGAUUAUAAGAACGACAUUGUGCCUCUUGAGGCUGUUGUAUUGCAGCUCGCGGAACAUCCCGGCGUCGUUCGCUUCUAUGGGCUCUACGAGGACGCGGUGUAUUUCUAUCUGGUUCAAGAAUUACAUGGAUCUCCUUGGUCGAAGAACGUAAAAAACAAACACAAGGGACAGGAGCAUGUCGAUAUCAGCGACGAGUCUUCACCGGUCGACGUAACAAAAGCAAAGUCGAUAUCACCAUAUGCACCUGUACACAGCUCACCGCUUCGUCCACUUGCAGCAUCAAACUCGAUGCCGAGCAUUCCUACAAUGCGGCGCAUGUCCUCGUCUUCAGCUCAGAAUGAAAUACCCCUUGGCCCCCGUGGAUCGCUUCCAUUGUCUGCGACGCGCCCUCAAAUGCCGCGUAGAGCAUCAUAUGAUUUAUUUGAAUGUAUUGAGCAGCACGAACGCCUGUCCGAGGGGCAAGCCAAGUACAUCUUUGCCCAAGUCGCGGAGACGGUUUGGUACCUAGAUUCGAUCGGAAUAACACAUCGUGACAUCAAGGAUGAGAACUUGGUUAUUGAUCGUGAGUUCAAGGUCAAGUUUAUCGAUUUUGGAAGUGCGGUGAUUCGUGAUGUGCGCAAGCCACCCCUACAUACAAUACCUUCUUUGGAACUGUUACAUUUGCGUCGCCUGAUACUCAAAAACCUGCCGUACACCGCCCCGCCGGCAGAAGUCUGGACACUAGGGAUAUUCUCUCAUUUUUGGUAA